AUGACAACUCUUCGGGUAGGCGGCAUGAACUUUGAGAUAUGUGAUGUUUUGAAGAAGAGAUCUUUACCUGGGGGCAAGAGUACAACCGCGAACAAGAGUGAAUUGGACAUUGCCCCUCCAAAAUCAAACGAAGAAUUGCGCGGACUCACCAAAAGUGUUCUUCUUAAAGGUCUGUCUGUGAAAGCCGGAUAUGUCCAUUUCAAAAAGUCUCUUCCUGUAACACCAAAAAAUAUCACUUUAUCAACUCGAUUUGGCCAAAAAAAUGCUCUCCUUACUUUUUCCACCGAAGAAGACUGCUCCAAGGCUUUCGACACCUUAGAGUCCUUUACAUAUGAUGGACAAAAACCUUUGGUUGUAUUUGUUCGACCUCGAGCUACAGUUUCCAAGGUGGCUCCUGACAAACCCCUUUCAACUGAAUUCUGUCUCGACAUCGCAAAUAUUCCCUUCUUCAUUACCUUAGAGCAGUUGAAAGCGGUCUUUCCUAAGGCUGAGGCUAUACUUAUGCGGUGUCGAAAAGAUGGAAAAUUCAAGGGAUCUUGUAUAGCAGUCUUCAAAAGCCAAAGUGAUUACGAUGAAGCCGAGGCAGCCUGUAAGGAGGAGAUAAUGGAAGGAAGAAGACUCCUUUGCAGCCAGACGACUUCUGAGGACUGCAACAAACUAUUGGAAGAGUACAGUUUAGGUCCAUCAAAAGGAGACAGAGAGGGUUUGCAGAUAAAACUCUUCAAUCUACCCUAUGGUGUUAGCAAAGAGGAGAUUAAAAAGGCCUUCCCGAAAGCGCGGAACAUCUUUUUGCCCCAAGACAAGAAGGGGAAUCCCACCGGCAUCGCCAUCUUAACAUUCAAAACGAAGGCCAUCUGUCAAGCCGCUCUUGGACGUGCAAAAAACGUGAGAUUGCAAGGUCGACGACUGCGUGCAGAAAUUAAUGUAUCAGCACCCAAGACGGAUGGGGAAGGUAACUGUACAAAGCGGAAGCCUAGGCCAAGCAAGGCCCAGCCCACAAAGCUUCGUUGUAGUGAUGCACAAAAGUCGCAACCAGCCAAGAAGCCGAAGCUCAAUCUAUCUGAAGAUGACGACGGGGGGAACAAUUGGUGA